UCAUAGCUUUUGUUCUCCAUUUUUUCUACCUCCUUAUUUUAUACGUUUAUAAGUUUCUUUCAAGAGCACACAGAAGAAGGAUAUGCAAUGAAAUGAGAGUCUUCUAUUUCCCCUAUGUUCUCCAUCAUGGUCUCUCCCUGAAAGAAUCCAGACAGAGAGUGUAGACUGCUCCUUACAGCAUUCUGGUAUAAAAUGGACUUCUGAGUUUCAUGAACAAAUGAGGAAGUGAGAGAGUGAGAAGUGAAGGACUAAAGCUUUGCUGCAUCACUGUCUUAAGGAAGAGAUGAAACAAGUCCUAAAUCUCACUCACAUUGAAUUGCAUUGUGGGAAGCGCUCUGUGAAUGUUCGUGUCGAUUGCAGUGGUGGACGAAGUACAAAGAUACACUAGGGUGGAAGAAGGAAAAGAAACAAACCUUUUAUCAAGAAAAUAUAACCCUUACAAUGGUGAAUUAUGUUUUUCUGUGUGACUUUCCUGAUUCUGUACAGCUUUAUGGAAUGUCAGUCAGAGCAGUUACAGGUGGUUGGUCCAAAAGCUCCUCUUGUUGCUGUAACUGGUGAAGACUUGGUUCUGCCCUGUUUUAUCAAACCCAACACCAAUGCUUUGAAUAUGACAGUGGAAUGGUUGAGAGUAAAGCUAGGGGUUUUAUUAGUGCAUAGCUAUAGGAGUCAUGAAGACCAAAAUGAAAAUCAGGCUCAGGCCUACAAAGGAAGAACAUCACUGUUCAAAGAGGAGCUGCAGAAAGGCAACGCUUCACUCAAACUCUCAGCUCUCCAAGUCUCUGAUGCAGGAGAAUAUAAGUGUCUUGUUGAGGACAAAUCCUGGUAUGAUGACAUCACUGUUUAUGUUAUUGUUGAGGUUCUGGGAAGCCACCCGGUGAUCACAGUGGAGAGUUAUGAUAACUCAGGAGGGAUUAAUCUUGUGUGUGAGUCCAGAGGAUGGAAUCCUGAACCUCAGGUUCAGUGGCUGGACAGAGAAGGAGUCAUUCUGACUGCUGAAGAUACACAGAUACACAGAGACACAGAGGGCUUCAGUUUGAAAAGCCACAUCACUGUUUUUGAUUAUAGUGACUCUAACAGGUUUUACUGCAGACUUCAACAAAAACAUCACAUGAUUGAGACACACAUUAUCAUUAAUACUCUGCAUACAAUGAAAUUUGGAACCCUCCUCUUGUUGGUGUCACAAGUAACCUUGGCUUUCUUUGUAGGUAAGAUCUUUCAUGCUUGGAAGAUGAUUGUCGGCAUUUCUGUUUUAGCAUUAACUUUUGCUGUUGGAUUGAUAUUAACUGCUGUUAUCUGCCACAAGAAAGGUAAUAAUGACAUCAUUUUCAUUCGUAACAUCCAUAUGCUAAAUUAUAGUGACAUUUUUACCAUAUUUUAGUCCACAGAUUGCCAGCUCUGGUCCUUUGAUCAGUCUGAGAUCUGGGGACUUUGGAGGCCAAUUCAAUACCACAAUCUUUUUGAUGUGGCAGGUUACAUAAUUCUACUGAAAUAGGACACUGCCAGAAGGGAAUAUUUUUUAUGAUGAAGGCGUGUACUUAAGUCUGCAACAAUGUUUAGAUUGGUGGUAGGUGUUAAAGUAACAUUGACAUGAAUGACAGGACUGAAAGUUUUUAGCAGAACAUUGCACAGGGCAAAACACUGCCUCCACUGGAUUACUUUCUUCACCUAGUGCACAUUGGUGCCAUCUCUUCCCCUGAUAAGCAACAUGCAUGCACCUAGGCCAUGCACUUGAUAUAAAAGAAAGCACGAUUCAUUAGACCAGGCCGCCUUCUUCAAUUGCUCCUUGGUCCAGUUCUGAUGGCCUUGUGUAUGGGCACUCAAACCAUGCACUGUGAUGCUUUCUAUCAUAGCCAGCAUGAUUUUUUCAGCAAUUUGUUCUUCAGUAACUCUGCUAUGGGAUUGGAACAGAUAGGCUAGCCUUCAGUAUCCAAGUGCAUCAGUGAUCUACUGGCAUGCGGCCCUGCUGCCUGGUCCCCAGUUGUCUUUCCUGGUUUUAGUUUGCUGAAAUCAGUGCUUGCAAACUACUGUCACCUCUGGUCCUGUGUCCAGAUUCUGUGAAAUCAGAAACAGAUCAAGAAAUUUAAGAAACAUAAAAUCAUCAAUCAAUUCAAACCUCAAGCAACUAAAAUGCCAAAGGAAAAAAAAUCUUAAACAUCUGGGAUACUCAGAAAAAUGUAAUAAGCCAGGCUCAAAUCAAUCUCUGUCCUGACAAAUCACAACACGUGUGCUCAUGAAGGAGGCCUCAUUUAUCAGUUACACAUUUUGUUGAUGUACGGUGCCAUGGCAGAGGAGCAACCCAGUGAAGUUUUUUUCUAAUUUUAAGUUGCUUGUGCUACUUUCUCUUCACAAAAAUCUAUUAAAUAUUCAACUGUUGAUUGUUUAAUUCUGAUUUCUGGUGGACUUAUUUUUUAUCAAUCCAGUCAUGCUUUAAAAAUCUGAUCUACACUUUUUUCACAUUUCGACUCAUUCGAUGGAUUUGAUAGACUACAGGUGUGAAGACUCACCAGCGACAGGCAGAACAUGGUUCCUAAAACCAAACUCAAUCCAAAUCCAAAAUCCAAUCAAAUCAAAGGCAAUAAUCCAAUAGUGUGAGUUCUGAAACAAUCAGCAAAAGGUCUGAAUCGCAAAACCAAACUCAAUAUCCAAAAAGUCCAUACACAAAUAUCCUUAACACAGGUAAUCCAAACACACGGUAGCAAACGGCUUGGUAUCUCCAGCUAUGAUGAUACUUUUCAUCGCGGCAUAAAAAGCACACCGUUUAAAUCCUGGAAGUGUUCCUUUGAUCGUAGGGCUAAUACUCAGGCUAGGGCUCCCUCCGGUGGCCUGACGCCAGUGGUGAUGUUACAACGGGUUGGGACCUGAUAAAAGUCCUGAUGUAGCUCCCCAAACAAAUUUUAAAUCUGUGUUCUGAAAUAAAAUUGAUUAAUUAUUUCAUGAUUAAUGCAUUAAAAUAAAAGGUGGUUUCACAGGUUUUUACUACAGCUUUUUAACUGUGGCCUUAUUCUAAAACAUAGCUAGAUUCAUUUCAUGUAAAUUAGUAAGAAAUCAAGCAGUUGAUUAUCUAAUUUUUAAUCUAAUUCUAAUCUUAUAUUCAUUAAUGUAAUGAUAUCUAAUUCAAUGAAUAAUAGUGGAUUUUAAUUAGAAUUUGUAUUUUAAUUUUUUUAUUUAUUUAUUCUAUCUACUGCGUUGAUAUUCCUCAUGUUUCCAAGCAUAAUCAUGAAGAGCAUAAGAGUAUAAUGUAAGAAGAAUAGAGAUACAGACAUCAGUCCCUGUACAUUAAAUGACUUGUUUUUUUAUAUGACUCAUAGCUGACCUGUAACAUCAAUUUCUCCUAUAUGAAGUGAACUUAAUCAUUUAACAAAUAUAUAAUAUCAGAGGACA